AUGGAGGCGAAGGCGUCCGUAGUGGCGGUGAUGGGCGGAGGAGGAGGAAGAGGAGGAGGGGAAGCGUUGGCAGGAGCGGGCGGGGGGGGGAGGGGGGGGGACGCGAGCCCAGGCGCGGUGCGCGCCGGCAGUGGCGGGCACGAGCCCCACGCCUGGAGGAGGAGGAGCCAGGCCCGGGAGGAGGGUAGCGAGGUUCCCGGGAACGCAGGGACCCCCCCACACACACACACCCCGGCCCCAGUCCAAGGUAACCGCCCCGUCGCCCGCCGGGCACCUGCAGCGGCACAGCCCGGGGCGGCGGCGAGCUCCCCGGUGCGCCCCGAGCGCUGCUGCCCGCGCCCACGCCGCGCCGGAGGAACGGAGCCCACGCUCCACCCGGGACUGCUCCCAGCGGCAGCCCGCUGGGGCUCCCCCCGAGGCCCCGGGGUUCCUGGGGGGGGGGCUGCCGGUGGGUGUUGGUGCAGAGUCGGGAACGCAAUGUGUCUGCGCGGCCCUAGAUCCCCGGGGCCUCGCCCUGCCGCCCGCCCCCCAACAUCCCUUGGCUCUGGAGCGACGUGGCUGCUGAGGAGAGGCGUCCUCCCUUCGUGGUGAUCAAAUUCAAUUCACAGCUCUAAAAAAGUUUACAUUCUGCAACCCCGCACCACCACCACCCCAAGCAAAAAGGUCAAGAUGAAGAUCCUUAUCAUGGCCUUUGUCCUGGAUGCCUUGACUCCUGCCUGGCCUUGAACCGUUGUUUUCUUUGCUCCAUAAACACCAGCCUUUCAGUUCCUGGAAUGUUCUUGGCUUCCUACUGUCGUUUCUUCUCCUGCCAUAAGGCAUUGUAGCACAAGUUUUCUCUGCUGGAAAGCUCCUGGCCCAUCUACACACCUGUUCAUCCUUCAUAUAAAAAAUUAGGAAGCACUUACUCAAGAAGUCUCCCUGACAUAUCCUCUACCCACCAGUCUCCAUUAGAUUCUUUUAUUAUAUGUACUUUCUGUUGGGGAUUUGUCUGUCUUUCAUGUCUCUGUUUAUCAUUGUGUGUGAUUAUUAACAUCUGUUAACCAACUAUGCUAUAUGUUACAGGAGUUCAGAGACCAUGCUUAUUUUUACUUAACAUUGUAUCCCCUGCAAUUAGUGCACUGCCUGACUUAGAGUAAGCACUCAAUAAAUAGCCGUUGUGAAAAAAAAAUGAAGGAAUAAAUGAAUGUAUAGCACA